AUGGCUGGAGACCGGCACUCCUGCGGUGCCACUGGGGCCGGGACUGAUGACCCCAGGCUGAGCUGCAGUGGAAUCCUAGGCCAUGGAAUCCUAGGCCAUGGGCAGGGCUGUGGGGUGGCCCAAGGUGGGGCUGGGCAGGGCCAAACAAAGAUUUCAGUUCUCAGACCAGCUGCAUAUAUCAACAGGGAAUCACUUUAUCCUCUUGUCCUUGAUUAUGUGUCCGUGGAAGAUGCUACAUCAAUUAUCAAUUCAGUGGUAUUGCUGAUUCUGCUGAGCGCCCUGACUGAUCCUGACCAGUACCACCUAACCAGUGCUGAAUUAGGGGGUGAAUUUGAAUUUAUGGAUGAUGCCAACAUGUGCAUUGCCACAGCAAUUUCUCUUCUUAUGAUUCUGAUCUGUGCAAUGGCUACAUAUGGAGCAUAUAAGCAACAUGCGGCUUGGAUCAUACCUUUCUUCUGUUACCAGAUCUUUGACUUUGCUCUCAACACGUUGGUUGCCAUCAGUGUACUCGUCUACCCCAGCACGGUUCAGGACUACCUCCGCCAGCUGCCCACCAAUUUUCCCUCAAAGGAAGAGAUUAUGGCUGUGAACCCUACAUGUCUGGUUGUGAUUAUCCUCCUUUUCCUAAGUAUCAUUCUGGCUUUUAAGGGUUACUUGAUAAGCUGCGUGUGGAACUGUUACCGAUACAUUAAUGGCAGAAACAACUCAGAUGUGUUGGUCUACAUUACCACCAAUGACACUGCGGUCCUGUUGCCACCAUAUGAUGAUCCUGUGAAUGGAGCUGCUAAAGAUCCACCACCACCUUACGUGUCAGCAUAAGCGAGAGAGUGCUGCGUACCUAGGGAGGAUAGCUUUACUUUUCAGACAUCGGAGCAAUAGUUUGAUAAUUUCACUUCCAGGAUAAAAAUUCUAUGGGUUGUACAUUGCUGUUUUGCUGACAUAUUGAAAU